GAAAAGUUAAAAAAUUGAUGAGUUUCUAUUUCAGUGAACGUCCACAAAAUAGAUCUAGAGGAUCUUCGUAUUGAUUAAUCUUAAUGGCGUUACCAUUUUGUUACAUUAGCGAUGCAGGUCAUGAUAUUGAUAUGAGUUUUAUUGCUAGAGCUGUGAAAUGCACUUAAAGACGUAGCGAUUUUACUACAGUAUCACAUGUUUUUGUUUCCUUUAUUUGCAUGUCGACGACUAAUUACAGAAACAAAUGACGCCAUCAACAGCGAUUACUGUCCGGAGCGUAAAGGACGCCCGCAAGCGGCUGGCGGCUGCACGCGGCAACCGCAGAGAGCGCAUUGAGGUUGCAAAGGCUGCCGCAGGGUCUCUCUCCGAGCAGUCGCCGGAUAAAUUGAUUGCUUUUCUUUUCGAGGAUUACCUAGCAAACGAGCCAAUACUACAGCAGGAGGCUCGACGCGAAGCUAAUGGCAAUCACGGGUCUAACAGCAACGUGCCGGCGCUGCUAUUCCCAGUCGACGAAUACGAAGCAGUUAUGAGGGCACUGGUGGAAAACUCAGGGGAAUCCGUCUGGGAUGCGAUGUUAGAACAGUUUGUCCUGUCGCAUCUUGACCUCCUCAACUACUUUCUCGCUCUGCUGGGGACGGUCUUUCGAAAUCAGGUAAGAAUGAUUUACAUUCCCGUUGUUCUUGUUUUAGAACCUUUUCAAUUUGUUAUUGAUCCUUUCCUCGACGUUUUUUCUUAGAACAAGCGAGUAGCUCACCCAUGACAAACAUUGUAAACAAAGAAGACCAAAAAUUGCAUUGGGCAUUUCAUACAUUUUCAUCUUAUCCGCGACUCAUUGAAAUUUCCUGACUCGUCCACCACAGCGCGACUUCAAUGUGAGUUGCUACUUCGAGUUGCUGCGAAAAUGCGGCGCGUACUUGAUGGGUGAGGGUCUCUUGGAAACUACUGCAGUGGAGGGUGAGGAGGACUUGCCGCUCUUCUUUCCUGAUUUACCGAAGAAAAACUUCAAAAUCAAGCGCCUGUUCACGAAAACGUGGUUUGACUUCCUGAAAGUCUUCCAGCCUGAAAAGUGUUCCGCAUUGCAGAGGCCACCAAAGAAUACAGCCGUACUUUAUUCGAGCAAAAACAAAGACCAUAACUCCUCGAAGGCGACACCAGGAGGAACGAUGUCUUCAUCCUCUGGAGCAUCGUCAACCACGCAGUCCCCUACUAAUGCCGCAAAUGCUACCGCCAGCGCUAGCGCGACGAUGUUAGCAUCAACUUCUAGCAACAACGACAAUGGAGAAGCUACGACAUCAUCAGGCAGGGUCAUUACGGAGAAACAACUGGCGCUAGUCAUCCAGGCCCGCGUGGACAGAUUGAAGAAGAGCGUGCUUCUCCAUGUGACGCAUAUAUUUCCGUAUCUGGAUGCGCCGAUGCUUUUGGGAGACUUCUUUCUGCAGGAGUUUGACCGUGGCUCUCUCGAGAUUCAGAUUUGCGCUCUAUCUGGCUUGCUGUACAUGACCACGCAGACGAAGCUCGAGUUUCAGGACGACUACUACGAUCGUUUGUACCUGCUCUUGAGGCCCGAGGUUUUCAGCGCUGAAUUCCGCGUACGUUUUCAGCGUAUUUUGGCCGCGUCCUUGAUUCAAGGCACGACACUGCCUGCACAAAGUGCCGCCUGCUUCGCAAAGAAGCUCCUACGCAUAUGCGUUCACGCGCCUUUGAUUGACCAGCCCUCAAUCUGUUGGUGCUUGGGUUUGGCCUACAACAUAGUGCGGAAAAACGAAGCGUGCUGUAAAAAGCUAUUGCACCGAUCCGUAAUGAACGCUGGUGGAGGUGGUUCAUCGACGGCGGGGGCUACACCUUCUACGGCAUCAUCUUCUAAAGAUCAAUCAUCUACCUCCACCACAUCCACUUCGACUACAACCACUCCUCCGACUUCUGGUGAACAAAAUGACUCAUCUACAACUCUGGUUGAAGGUGCCACGUCGAGCACGAAAACUUCACCAUCAAGUACAGAGUCAACCUCAUCAGUUGCGUUCUUGACAGCCGACCCAUUCGACAUCAGUGCGACGCUGCCUGAAGCGCGCAAGAUAUUGACGCGAACGUCGUUGUGGGAGCUCGAGGCAAUUUCACGACACCACCACCCGUUGGUGUCACGCGUAGUGCCUUUUUUCAAAAAUCCACACAUGUUCAAGAAGCUCUCGCCUUCCGUGGACGUGAACGAGUUCUUAGAACUCACAACUGACGACUUGCUAGAACGAGAACUGAAGCACAAGAAGAAAAAGUUCGACGAUCCAUUGCUGGGGAUGGGGUUUUUCCAGGAUGCAGAACGCGAGGAAGAGCAGAGGGAAGAGGACGAGGAGGAUGAUAGCGAAGAAGAAGAAGAAGAAGGAACUGAGGAAGUAGAUGCAGAGGGAGGCGAGGAGGAAAAGAAGCGAGCAAAGCCAUCUUCGAGACCAGCUACUUCUAAAAAUACAGUAGGUCGACCCUCACCAGACGCACAGCUUCCCUCAUUUGCCUUCCUCCCUCGACCAAGGCAAGAACGAUUAGAAACUAGCUAUUUGGCACUCGAGGAGGAUCUCAAAAGAAGACGCUUGGAAGUUUAGCCUAUUUUUACAGAGGGAUGCAUUUUCUACAGCAACACGAACAUUGCUAGUAUACUGUCCAGCACAAAAUUUCUCAUUCUGGAUGCAAUGUUCCUUGUGGCUUACGCCUAAACUGGUAUUCAUUGGUAUUUUCAAAUCCACAUCCGCCAAAACAAGAACUAACCCUUGAUGGUCUACGGCUGAGACGCUUUUCUAAAUCAGCGAGGGCAUUAGAAGAAGAAGCGAUGAGUGUUCCCUUAGCCGCAUCGGACGUGCUUGAAAGAGUCUCGCAGGUUCUGAACGACAGUCUUUCAUAUCCCACCUGCUGUGCCGUGGCCGACCUGGUAUCCAUGAUCAGCACUAUCUUUUGUAGCAGAUGGGAGAAAUGACCAUAUUUAUGAGAAUAGAAGUACUCCAACUCCUUCUCCUCACAUGAUCUACAUAGAAUGCUUCCUGGCUGCAUUGGCGUUGAGAUCAGUUCCCUGAUGUGGUAUGCGUAUGUAUUCGAAAAA